AAUUGCAUCAAAGGGCGACAAUCUCGCCAGUUUAAUUGUGGCUCGUGGAGGCUCUGUGAGAUUGUGAUUGGGUCUGCGGCUGGUCUAGGAGUUCCUUAUUCAUUUGCCCAUCCCUUCUCGCGACGGGUGGAGCACCGACCACCCUGUCCCUGUACCCUGUGAACUCUCGUGAGACGCCGAAUCUUCAAUUUCUCUACCCUCCGCCGAGCCAAACCUUUAACACGACAUCAUUGAAAGCCUUACUCAUACCUACAUAUAUCUGUCUCGUCACUCCCAACCCAACGGUUGUCCAUAUUUUACUGGUGCCCUGUUACACUCGUGCCUUGACAACUGUCGUUAUCUUGAAGACGCUUUCUUCCCCCUCUGGCUAGCUUCAUUCCUUCAAUCGUUUGACCAGCUGUUCUUCACUUCUCCCCCCACAAUCAAGGAAGAUGAAGGCUCUUAUUCUUGUCGGUGGCUUCGGCACCCGCCUCCGACCUCUCACCCUCACCCUCCCCAAGCCUCUGGUUGAAUUUGGGAACAAGCGCAUGAUCUUGCACCAGAUUGAGGCACUCGCCGAGGCCGGCGUUACUGAUGUCGUCCUCGCCGUAAACUACCGCCCUGAGAUUAUGGAGAAGUAUUUGGCAGAGUACGAGAAGAGAUUCGGGAUCAGCAUCACGUUCUCCAUCGAGACCGAGCCGUUGGGCACUGCAGGCCCCCUGAAACUUGCAGAGAAAAUCCUCCGCAAGGACGACACGCCCUUCUUCGUCCUCAACUCCGACGUCACCUGCGAUUAUCCCUUCCGGGAGCUAGCUGCCUUCCACAAGGCCCACGGUGACGAAGGCACAAUCGUUGUGACCAAGGUUGAGGAGCCCUCCAAAUACGGUGUCAUUGUCCACAAGCCGAAUCACCCGAGUCGUAUCGACCGCUUUGUUGAGAAGCCCGUCGAGUUUGUCGGCAACCGGAUCAAUGCCGGCAUCUACAUACUAAACACCUCGGUCCUCGACCGUAUCGAGCUCCGGCCUACAUCCAUCGAGCAGGAGACCUUCCCUGCCAUCGUCAAGGACGGGCUGCUGCACUCGUUCGAUCUCGAGGGCUUCUGGAUGGACGUGGGCCAGCCAAAGGACUUCCUCACCGGCACCUGCCUGUAUCUAUCCUCCUUGACCACCAAGGGCUCCAAGCUCCUCUCAUCCACCUCGGAACCUUACGUCCACGGCGGAAAUGUCCUGAUCGACCCGUCGGCCAAGAUUGGCAAGAACUGCAGGAUAGGCCCGAAUGUCACCAUCGGUCCCAACGUGGUGGUUGGCGAUGGUGUCCGCCUGCAGCGCUGUGUCCUCCUUUCCGGCUCCAAGGUAAAGGACCAUGCAUGGAUCAAGAGCACCAUCGUCGGUUGGAACAGCACCGUUGGCAAAUGGGCCCGCCUUGAGAACGUUUCCGUCCUCGGCGACGAUGUCACCAUCGGUGACGAGAUCUACGUCAACGGCGGCAGCAUCCUGCCGCACAAGACCAUCAAGGCCAAUGUCGACGUGCCUGCUAUCAUCAUGUAAUAGCGUCGCAAGCCUGGCUCCCGGUGCCUCCUCCUUUAUUUUUAGCCGGCACCCUUCCGGUAUAUACCCUUUUAAACCCAAUUUUCGUAUCAGUCUUCAUAAUGCCGAUCAACAACACCAUCGGCCAAGUGUCGCAA